AUGACGACGCUCCUCGACUCGACAGCUCGUUACAGUCUGAGGUUGUCGAUAGAUUCCAGUUUAUUUGACGAUCAUCCUUCGGAUAACUUGUGCAUAGCCAGGAAAGUCAACGGCCUCUACACGACCAUCUUCCUAGGCGCCUCUGUCAAUCCCACCGGCUUCCAAGAACAGCUCCAAGUCGAGAAUGAGUUCUCCUGGUACGACCAAUACCAAGUCUAUUGCGUGAAAGACUUCAAGCCAUCAGUCGUGGUAUCUGCUGCCACGAAUACUGUCAAUAUCCAGUACGGCGAGGAAACCUCCUACGUCUCCAACAGGAUGUCUGCAGCCCGUUCUACUGAUACAAACAACUUCCAAGGCGGCGCUAUAGGUGAGAACUCCGCUGAGGACUCGUUUAUGGUGUUCAAGAUCCCCAGUCAUCUCAAAGCCGCAUGCGCGUGCAAGAGGGAAGAUGGUCGAUAUGAUCCGAUAUAUGUCGACCCGGGUCACCAUCUGACUGCGAACGAUGACCAAAUCACACCAUCACGAGAUUUCGUGAUAUUUUGGAGUGACACGCUAGUCCCGAACGCCAUGUUUCAUCAUUACAAAGAACGGUCGGGGAUGAAGGAGUUCUCUUUUGCUGAGGGGGUGACAAAGAUGUCCUUACGCUUUGGGUUCGCCAACGCGAGCACCAGGGCGGGGAAUGAAGAGGCUCAGUUCUGGGUGAUCUAG